AUGCUCGGCUUUCUUGCCAAAGAGAGCAUCGAAGAGUACUCGAUGCAGGCUGCCACCUUCAAGCCUACCAAGCUCUCUAUGGACGGCUUAACCAGCCAUGGCGCAAAGAUCCGCAUCCAAGGAGACUUCACCAUGGACGCGUCAAAGGUCAAGAAGCAGAGCGUGCGCAACCUCGGUCGCUUCGGCACAUGGGUCGCCCACGAGGCUGAGACAGGCCCCUUUGACGCUGAAGUCUACCUCCCCGAGUAUGGCAACAUUCUGGUCGGCACUGCCAGUAUCCCAGGCGUCAAGGUGGAUAUCAGGAACGGACACACCACACAUGUAGUUUUCGAUGCCACUGUGCAGCCAGGAUCUCUUGACGGUAUUCGCAACAUUGCCGAAGACUGGAUCGAUGGCCGGCUGGGGCAGAUACGGCUCAAGGCAAAGGCACUGGUUCCGCUCAAGUCAGGUUUGAUUCACAUUGGCAAGCAGCUUAUUGAGCAAUCUGUAGUCUUCCAGGGUGGCGAUAUACCCGCCCUUCCACAUUACAACAUCACAAAGCUCAACCUCGGCGAGGCCAAGCAUGGCCAGAAAGGUCUCGCUGCAGACGCAACCAUAGUUGUCGAAAACGACUUCCCUGUUGACAUUACGCUCCCAUCCGUGGCUGUUGAUGUGGGUAUCCAGGGUUGCUCGGCUGACACAUUUCUCAUGGUCGGAACUGCCCAGACUGGCCAGCUCCACGUCAAGCCAAACUCAGAUGUCAAGGUCGAUGUUAACGGCAAUGUCGAGAAAAUCUCCAAUCUCGUCACUGAAGUAUGUCCCAACACCGCCAAAUCACCGCUCGACACUUUCCUGGGCGACUACAUGAAGGGCGAGGAUUCGACCAUCUACAUCAACUGCUGCAAAUUCCCAGACCCAACCGCACCCGAUUGGGCUCGUGAUCUUCUGAAAGACAUCAUUGUGCCUAUACCAUUCGUGGGCAAAUCCAUGGGCAACCUCAUCAAAAACUUUUCUCUAGCAGACAUGCAUUUCAGUCUGCCCAACCCGUUUGCCGAGCCAGACACACCCGAGGCUGCGCCCAAGAUUUCCGGCAUCGUCAACGUCGACAUUGGCUUACCCAAUGAGAUGAACUUCCCCAUCAAUGUGACUCAAGUCAAGGCCGACGCCGACAUUUACUACCACAAGAAGAUACUUGGAAAGCUGAACCUUGAAAAAUGGCAAAAGGCAAACUCGACGCGUGUCGAGGGCCAUGGUUCCGAAGGUCCUUCUCUUCUAGUCCGGUCGGUCAUCAAAGACGCACCUAUUAAAAUUGUAGACGACGAUCUGUUUAGCGAGGUUGUGCAGGCUCUUCUCUUUGGCGGCAAGUCAGUCUUGAUGGAUCUGAAGGCAGCUGUCAGUGUUAGUGUGGAUACACCCAUGGGUAAACUUGCCGUGCGAGGCAUCCCAGCGCAGGGAGUCGUACCAGUCAAACCAAUCCGUCAUGGCAACGACAGUGAGCCCGGUCAUGGUGAUGGCAAAGAGAAUGCGCUCAAUGUCAAAGUUGGCAACAUGGCAAUCGUCGACACUUCGCCAACUUCUCUUACUAUCACAGCCAUGGUCAAUUUUACUAACCCUACCAACUACUCGGCUACAAUCCCAUACUUCAACGUCAACGUCCUGGCUAAUGGUUCACACAUUGGCAGUGCAACGGUAAAGGACAUGGAGGUGGUUCCCGGCAACAACACCAACCAUCUCGUAUCUCUUCAUUGGGAUCCCUAUGAGUAUGGUGGCCACAAAGGGAAAGAGAUUGGCGCAGAGCUACUCUCUCAGUACAUCUCAGGCUUCAACACAUCCAUAACCGUCCAAGCACACGAACAGUCUGUGCCAGCCGCACCCUACAUUGGCCGUCUCCUGUCACGCUUUCCCAUUGAACGUCCCAUGCCGCACUUGUCUACUCCCAAGAAGCCGUCUGAUGGCGAUGAGGAUGAAGACCCAGAUGACGAUGGCAAAUCGCACUUCAUCCGCAGCACCACAAUGCACCUGAUCAGCAGCACUGCAGUUUUCACUCUGGCCUCACCAUUCCGCUCCACGACCUUGUACCUCACCAACAUGAACGCAACAGCUUACCACGAUGGCCAUGUGGCUGGCAAGAUUCUAUACGACCUACCUUUUGCCGUACCCCCGGGUCUGUCCGAAUCUCCGCAUCUGCCCGUCGACUGGUCGUUUGGUAGCCUGGGUUAUGAUGCCAUCAAAAAGGCGCUUGGCGGGCAGCUCAAGCUUAGUGCAUUUGCCUAUGUAGGUGUACGGAUUGGCGAGUGGAGAGAAAAUGUUUGGUUCAAGGGGGGUAAGAUUGGUGCCAAUGUUAGACUUUGA